AAAACAAUACAUACAAUGCUUUCCUCAACCAUAUACGCCGCAUCGGUCGAUAACGAUGUCACUUCAGAUAAUAUUUUCAAAAUGCCGAAACCCAAAAAACGACGAAAGCGUCGAAAACGGCGCUCUGCCACUGUACCUGCUAAGACCCCUCCCACUUCCGCUCCAUCUAGAGAAUCCAGCAGUACACUCUCUGUACCCACAGUCUCCAGCACCACCACCACCACCAACGCCAACACUUGCAUGAACACAACAUCACGUCGUCGCACUGUCAACAAAGAGCGACGUUACUUUCAACAUGAUAAUCGUGAAGUCGUCAAAGCGGUAACGGAGAAUGAACUCAACUACGUUGCUGUAGCAAGAAAAUUUAAACCACUUACUCCGUUGCAUAGGAAUAGAGCACAAAAGCAGAAGAAAAUUACGAAAACAUGGCAUAAACAACAACUGAAAUUCCCAAAACGUCAGCAACAACAACCGAAAUUGCUCGCUCCGGAUUGUUCAUCAUCGACCUCUUUGCAUUCAUAUUGCAACUGCGCAUGUAAUGCCACCGCCGCCGCCACCACCACAACCACCACUCUUCAUGCCAAACAUAAACGUCAAAAAAGCAACAAUUACGAAAGCAGCACUUUUCAUAACAAACAAAAUAGCAUGGAACUGCAGCGAAAGCAUCAACAAUCCGUGGCAGUCGAAUCAGCUUUGCUUGUAGAAGAAUUGUUGAGAAAAUUACUAAAUGCUCAACGUAAUAAUGCGAAUGUUGCUACUUCAAUACCAUCUGUAUCGAAUUUAGUGCAACAUUCAGGCAUUACUUCCGUCUCUGCGCCACAAGUACCACUGUUAGAUUCGCUUCUGGGCGAGCACUUUCAGCAUACGACUCGUCUGUGCCAACAGCAGCUUAGGCAUGUCGUUAGUGUUAGAGAGACACAUCAAAUUGCUGAAGCGCAACAAGAAAAGAACGCAAAACUGCGUGAAGCUUUUAAUAUUUCUGAAUAUUUUGUUGAAGGCUCCAGUUUUGAUUCGGAUCGUAAAGCGAAGGAAGAUAUAGCUAAAAGUCUGGCGCUUCAAAAGGAACUAGACUCGCAACGCGAAAGCGCAGCAUCGAGCAGAGAUAAGGAAAAAGAGCAUGGCGAUAAACGACGUUAUGCAUUAGUGCGUAGCCCUUCGCGGGAAAAAGACAAUGUUGUUAGCGGCGGCAACAAAGACGACAGUGAUAAUGAAGCUUAUGAGCAGCAUGUUUCUAAAUCGGAGAAGAAGAAAAAGAAGAAACGUACACGUGAGAGUUCCGCCAGUCCUGAGCGUAAAAGGGAUAAGAAGAAAAAGUCCAAGAAACAUAAAAAAGAAAGUAAAUCGAAGAAGAAGAAGUCGAGAAAACGUAAGUCAAGCGAAUCUGAUUCCGGUGAUUCGGACCAUGCCUCUGAGAAUGAGAAACCUAGCAGUGAUUCGGAGUAUGAAUCGAAGAAGCAACAACGUAAACGCACCAAAAAGGACAAAAAGAAACGCGAUAAGAAGAAGAAGAAGGAACGCACUAGAGCAUUAGAUAAGUCGCGCUCAAGAUCUCCUGAUCGUUUUGUUAAGGAUGACCGAAAGCGUACCGAAGAAAGAUCAUCAAGAAGAGGCGAUCGCAACUCCGCACGGAGUCCAUCUAAAUCCGCCACAAGAAAAUCACUCGAUCGCAGAUCUUCUGAACGCCUUGGUAGGGAAGACCGACGGCGUCGUGAUGAAAGAUCGAAGCAAAACGACAAUCACUCUCCGCGGAAUGUAUCUAAAUCUUCCGCCAGAAAUCCUUUCCGUAGUCGCUCACGUGAACGUGAAACACAGCGUCGUUCGCCCCAAACCUCGCACCGUCGUAAUACAUCAACGGAAAGCCGAAGCCGAGAGUAUUCAAGAGAACGACAUCGAGGCGACGAGCGUGAUCGUCAUGAUAAAUCCGUAGAACGUCGUAGAGAAAUUUCUGCGGAUCGUAACGCACGGCGAAGGAAGCGGCCACGAUCAAUAUCACGUGACGGACGUGGUGGCGCCUCGCUGUCACGUCAAGCGAACGCCUCACGCACUCGUUCACGCUCACGUUCAAAAUCUGUGCGUCGCAAUAAUCGAAGGCGAUCGCCUUCCUCAACUUUUGUUGAUAAUUUGCGUAAACGUACGAUUACACCAACAGUACCACCUCGAAAGGGUGUCGCGGCGUCUGUCUCUCCGACGCGUUCUGAUUCUAGCACAAGAAAGAAUCCCUUCAAUCCUUUUAAAGUUGAUGUACCUCCGCUUGCCGGGUCUGGGUCCAUAAGUGAAGUGCGACCUGGAGCAAACCCAUUUAAGAAUAGCGUGGAUACAGCCAAACCUGUAAAGAUGUCAAGCCGUACUCGAUCACCGUCAGCAGCAAGCAGCAGUCUCAGUCGAGCUGGUAAAGGAAGAUCACGUUCAAAGAAGGAGGAUAUAACGCGCAUAAGUCGAGAUAAAUCGCACUUGAAUGAACGAUCAUCUUCAGUGCGGUCAUCACGUUCAAAUAGGGAUGAUGGAGUGAAGAAAAACGAAAAGCAAUAUAACAGAGAGCGUUCGCGUGAAUGCAGAAUGUCGCCUGUUCAGCGCCGCUCAGCGCAUCGGGCAGAGUCUGAAUUUAGGAAAGAACAAUCACGUGAGCGUAAAACUGCUAAAGCUCGUCAACGUUCGGGUUCUCGUUCUAUGCGGAAUUCCAAAGAACGAGAACUUUCACAUGCUCAUGAAAAAUCAUCCUUGUCUCGACGUUCUACAUCUCGCGCUGACCGCGAAGUUGAGAAACGGAGAAAGGUUUCCCGUGAGCGAUCUUCCGAACUACGUCUCGUCCGUGAAAUAACGGAAAGGGAGCGAUCGCGCGAACGGCGAGUAAUGCGUGAUAAUCGAUCCGAACGCCGAAGAUCUAGAGAACAACACGUUGACUCAACACGCGCAUCAUCACAGAAAUUAUCUCCAGCACGACGCCGUCGUUCACACUCUCCGCUAGCAGCGACAGCAAAUAAAGGCGCUGCCUCUCCAACGCGUUCACCAACUAGAAAACGUUCAAGAAACGUUGCUUCUCCGCCAUCCAAAUUCCGUGAAGAAAUUGAAACUGCGCCUCUACGUCGUUCGCCAUCACGUAAUUCUUCGGAACUAAGUUACUCGCCGGCACAACGUAAUCCUGAGCGUUACCGCGACAUUCUUGAAGCAAAAGAAAAAGGUAAAGGUAAGGAAAAGCCAGUGAUAUUAGAACAGGAAUCGAAAAAGCGCAAUGCUGAAGUCGAAGCAUUGCCGCAUGAUGCACAUAAAGUACGAAACGUGCCCGAAGACUCGGCAACUAACGAUCCAGAAAACCGUGAACGAAGUGGACGAAUCAAAGAGCGUGCAACGAGCAACAGUAGCCAUACACAGGCUAUGGAACGUGAUCGAGAUCUAGACCGUGAUAGUCAACGUGAUGCCGAUCGAAAUGGUCGUCCACGCAGUAAAGAAAAACGGACCAGGGAACACAAACGCGAACGCGAGACUCGAGACGCCUGUAGUACUAAACGCGCUAAGCCUAUAUCGGGACCAGUGGUGCGUUUGCAAGGGCAAAGUGAGGAUGAAAAUGAUGCAGACGAUCGCACCGAAAAGGUGUCUGCCUCACUCGACGAAUUCCAAGAAACAAGACGAGGACGGGAACUAAAAGACUUAGAAAUGCUGGAACAGCUAAAAACGGAUAUAGCCGCCAAGGCAAAGGAAAAAUUGAAGUCGAUUGAGAAAAUGAACACUGGCCAAGGAGGAAGCAUUGGUAGUGAACCUCUGGUGGCGGCUCUAGCCGAUAGUACACUCGUCGAUACAAUCGUCUCCAAGGUAUCAACAGCUACAGUGGCGGCAGCAGAAAGUGCAGCACGUCGAAGUCGCAGCCGUUCACGGCGUAGCCGAAGCCGCAGCCGCAGUCGCCCACGACGCGAGGGAGGUGCUGCAGGAGGAACAAACCGUCGGCAUUCCACCAGCCGUUCGCGUUCAUCGCAUUAUUCGUCGUCGAGCAGUCGCAGCCACACCCGUACUCGCAGUCAUAGCCAUCGAAGUUCACGUUCUCGCACACAUUCACAUUCUUCGCAUUCGAGCUGUUCGACGCGAAGUAGUUCACGAAGCUCAUCAAGCUCCGGCAGUUCCGGUUCCUCACGUACUGGCUCGCGAUCACCAUCGAUUCCGCGAAGACGCGGGUCGCCCAGCUUUCUAGACCGCCGACGCAUAACCAGCGCUCGCAAACGUCCGAUUCCUUAUCACCGAAAAACACCAUCGGAUGCUUCGAGUUACUGUUCGAGCUGCUAUAGUCGCGAAAGUUCGCCACAUUCACCAUCGCGCUCACCCACGCGCAGCAGCCACAGUCCGUCGACGGCAUUUUGAGGUUUAAAGAAGAAACUUAUUAAAGUUUUACAAAACAUCACCUAAGAGUGCGACUCAGAGGUUAACUGCAACCGUGAUGAUAUGGGUUAGAGAAAACGCUCAAGCUCCAAGCAUGAGUAACUAGUUUUGUUAAAGUAUGCUGAUAUUUCGAAAAUGAUCAUAAUACUUAUUGCAUAAGCAUAGAUACACCACAGAAAGUAAACGCUGCUAGUCAAGGCUUUGUUAUUUUUUAAAAGCAAUUGUUUUGUUUUAUUGAGAAUUUGGGUACUACAUACACUAAUAUUUAUUAAAAUUCACAAAACUUAGAUUAAAAUGUAUAACUAGUUCAGUUUAAAAUGUGCAUACAUAAGUUAAAUUCUAAUUUAGCGAUAAGUCCAUUUAUUGUAAAUUAUGUAGAAAUAAGUGAACCCUAUAAUAUUGAAAAUAUACAUUAUAUGUUACAAAGAU